AAACAAGUCAAAAAAACAAAUAAUUAUCUACAAAAUUAAAAAAAAAAGGAGGUCACCUAGCUCGGUACAGACAUAGUUCGGGGGUCCCGAUAAGAAAUUUUUUGGUGUCGAGGUUUGGAGCUCAUCCCCAAGCCUCUCGGAAGAAUUCAGCUACAACCUCUUUGACUUCAUCCAAAUCCACCAAAUUAUAUUUUUCAACAGAGACUGCCUCUACCUAGUAUAGUGCGAAGCGAGGCUCAUCAUUCUCGUUUAGAAAAAAUGGAUGGUGACCCUCUACGGCUUGGACUUUGAAAAAGAAAUUCUUGAAAUCAUGGAAGGAUUCGUCAAAAGUAGAAAAGACUUUCCGACCUUAAAUAGCUCGGAAGGAAACCCAUUGUUGGUUAUUUUUAUUAGAAGCAGUGCUGAAAGGCUUGGUAAGAUGAAACAGAAAGAAAAAUACCCGUAAAGAAAUCAGAAAAUCAAGCUCGCGACUGGCAAGCUGUUAGAUUUUCAUGAAACCCCAAGAAUUUGGGUGUAGUUGGGAAGGAGCAACUAUACAGUAAGAAAGGACUUCUGUUUCAAAAUCAGAAAAAGGAAACGUCACCCUAAGUCAAGUGAAAAGACAAUUAUACAUAAAAAUAAAGGGGACUCAGAAUCUACAACUCUGCCAAAGCAGACUCGGUCUUUUGGGUCAGGGGCAACUAACUCGUACUUCACCUUGUCCUCCCCAGAACUAUAGAGCCUAUGGUGCUUUCGAAACUCAUCCACAAAAACACUAUCUACUAAAAGAAUUUCACAAAGAACUGAGGCAUCUACCCAUCUCAACAAAUUCUCAGGAACCCUCGAAGACAUUUUGAAAACAGAGGGACGAGACAUAUAGAUGGCAUACCUACAUUACACAAAAGAAAAAGAAUCAUUACAAACAAGUUCGAAACAGAGACAGUUUCUUUAAAAGAGCAACCCACAGCCACAAAGAAAUAAUCUUUUGAAGAAAAAGCGAAGGUCCCUAAUAGAUACAACACUGAAACGACAACAAAGAUACAUAAAAACUACAUAGAAUUUCUUAACAAACACCUAGUCCAUCAAGCAGAGAUCACGAAAACAGUGGAAACACUAUAAAAAGUAUAGCAGUAAGAAACUAACCUUUCUUUGGGGAAGGACAAAGGGAGGAGAGUUUUCAACAAAGGAGAAGCGAACGUCUUGAGGCACCAAAUGCUGAAGAAAGACGAAGAAAGCGCGAAAGAGAGAAAGAAAGUUUACAGAGGAAGACGAAAAAGAAGAAAGAGAAAAAGGGAGAAAGUAUUUUUAAGGCACUAGGGGCAAAACUGUAAAAAGCCCCACUCAUUUAAAGAGUGUGCCGUUACCAAUGUAACUGCCCCCCACGUGUUAAUGCGAAAAGCCAAUGGACGCGACGGUUGGCAACUUGAAAUCACAUUGGUUUUUACUUCGAAAUCACGUCGCUUUCCGACUUGAAGGAAGAUACCGACCUGAACAUCUCCGACUUACUCUAUACUUGAAUCUGACUCACAGCGAAGAGGCCGGACUCAAGUAGGACCACUGUUCAUACCCUGACCCAAAACAUAAGCCAAGCCCAAUAAGGUUGAAAGGCCCAACUACAAGGAUGGCCUCUAACACUCACCCGACCUCCUAUAGAGGGCGGAUUCGACGAAAACGGACAGCUCAUGCUUACGCACGAAAGUAAUUACUUCCUCGAAUCUCUCACCCACUUCUAGAAGAGAGAUCUCAACAACCCUAGGAUAAAGGGGCAGUUAUCCACCAUAAGAAGUGGAACUAUUUCAGCGGUAGUUAUUGGCUCAUCUCCUAUAAAUACCCUGACACACUCAGGUACAGUCAAGUUCCAAUAUACUUAAACCUGCUAAAAUCCUUGUUGACUUAGGCAUCGGAGUGUUUUGCAGGUACCACCCCCCACCUUCUGACAAACAACUCGGACGACGGGCACCGGACGUGGGACAAGUUGGAACUCACUCCGUUGAAGAUUUGGGCCUCACUUACAAGACCUAAGGCAACCCAGUUUCAGCAGCCUCUUGCAAUUGUACAAGUUUAUAGCGCUCAAUUUAUAUGUCAGAGCAGGAGGAAUCGUUCUCUGGUGCCUCGGCAAUUGAUGAGGCAGCAAAUGAAGAGAUAAAGAAGGAAGCAGGAAAGAGUAGAAAGGAACAGAGGGUUCCUUUACACAAGCUCUUCUCGUUUGCUGACUUCUAUGAUUGUGUCUUGAUGGCUAUUGGAUCCAUUGGGGCAUGUGUUCAUGGUGCCUCUGUGCCUGUCUUCUUUAUUUUCUUUGGAAAGAUGAUCAAUGUGGCUGGCUUAGCUUACCUUUAUCCCAAAGAAACUUCCCAUCGAGUUGCCAAGUACUCAUUGGAUUUUGUGUAUCUAAGUAUAGUAAUACUGUUUGCGUCUUGGACAGAGGUUGCUUGUUGGAUGCACACCGGAGAACGUCAGGCAGCGAAGAUGAGGAUGGCUUAUUUAAGAUCAAUGCUGAAUCAAGAUAUUACUUUAUUUGAUACAGAUGCAUCAACCGGAGAUGUUAUAUCUGCCAUUACAAGUGACAUUAUUGUUGUCCAAGAUGCAAUAUCCGAGAAGGUAGGAAAUUUGAUGCAUUACAUAAGCAGAUUUGCAGCGGGGUUUGCCAUUGGAUUUGUGAAAGUGUGGCAGAUCAGUUUAGUGACACUUGCAAUUGUACCCUUAAUUGCACUUGCUGGAGGUGCUUAUGCAUAUGUCACAUUUGGGCUAGUUGCCAGAGUUCGCAAAGCCUAUGUAAAGGCUGGUGGGAUCGCUCAAGAGGUGAUAGCCAAUGUGAGAACAGUACAAGCAUUUUCAGGAGAAGAAAGGGCAGUGAGAUCAUACAGAGCGGCUCUCAUCAACACCUAUAGAAAUGGCUAUAAAGCAGGUUUGGCAAAGGGUCUGGGACUAGGCUCCAUGCAUUGCGUCCUUUUCCUCUCCUGGGCUCUGCUUGUUUGGUUCACUAGCAUCGUUGUUCACAAGAAUAUUGCCAAUGGCGGCGUCUCUUUCACUACGAUGCUCAACGUUGUUAUCUCUAGCCUAUCACUUGGGCAGGCAGCACCAGAUAUUUCUGCAUUUGUCCGAGCAAGGGCAGCUGCUUAUCCCAUCUUUGAGAUGAUAGAAAGAGACACAGUGAACAAGACCAGCUCCAAGUUUGGUCAAAGAUUGAGCAAAUUGGAGGGUAACAUCCAAUUUAAGGAUGUAUGUUUCAGUUAUCCUUCUCGUCCUGAUGUACCCAUCUUCAACAACCUCUGUCUUGAGAUUCCUUCUGGCAAAAUUGUAGCCCUUGUGGGAGGAAGUGGCUCCGGAAAGAGCACUAUAAUAUCGUUGAUUGAGCGCUUCUAUGAACCACUUUCUGGUCAAAUACUACUAGACGGGAACGAUAUUAGGGGACUUGAUCUCAGAUGGCUUAGACAGCAAAUUGGGCUAGUUAAUCAAGAACCUGCACUCUUUGCUACAAGCAUCAAGGACAACAUACUGUAUGGAAAAGAUGAUGCAACGCUUGCUGAAAUAAAUCAUGCUGUGACGCUAUCAGAUGCUCAGACUUUCAUUAACAAUCUUCCGGAUGGAUUAGAUACAAAGGUUGGUGAAAGAGGGAUUCAACUAUCAGGUGGACAGAAGCAAAGGAUUGCAAUAUCUCGAGCUAUUGUCAAGAAUCCAUCAAUACUUUUAUUAGAUGAAGCAACGAGCGCUCUGGAUGCGGAGUCAGAGAAGAGUGUACAGGAGGCACUUGAUCGAGUGAUGGUUGGUAGAACAACCGUGAUAGUGGCACAUAGGCUUUCUACCAUUAAGAAUGCAGAUAUUAUCGCGGUUGUUCAGCAAGGAAAGAUUGUGGAAACUGGCAACCACGAGGAGCUCAUUUCUAACCCAAAUGGUGUAUAUGCAUCUCUUGUUGAAAUCCAGGAGUCGGCCUCUUUGCAACACCACCCUCGUGUGGAUUCUAGCAUGGGACAAACAUCCAGCGUUUCCCGUACAACAAGCUUUGGUGGUAGUUUUCAUUCGGAUAAAGAAUCUGUUGGCUAUUUUGGUUCUAAUGAAGCAGAAAGUAGUAUUAGAAACAACUCAAGCCAUGUCUCGAUAAGGAGACUAUAUUCCAUGGUUGGUCCUGACUGGUAUUAUGGAGUUUUUGGAACCUUGGGUGCAUUUAUUGCUGGUGCCCUGAUGCCACUUUUUGCUCUCGGAAUAACUCAUGCACUUGUAGCAUACUACAUGGACUGGAAUGCAACGCGUCGUGAAAUUAGGAAAAUAGCUUUCCUCUUCUGCGGGGCAGCAAUUUUAGCCGUUACUGCUUAUACCAUCGAACAUCUGUCUUUCGGAAUCAUGGGCGAGCGGCUUACCCUUCGUGUCAGAGAAACAAUGUUUUCUGCUGUUUUGAAAAAUGAAAUUGCCUGGUUUGAUGAUACUAGCAACACAAGUUCUAUGCUUUCAUCACGUUUAGAGGCUGAUGCGACUUUAUUAAGAACUAUUGUUGUUGAUCGAUCUACAAUUCUCUUUCAGAAUGUUGGUCUGAUUGUUACUUCAUUUAUUAUUGCCUUCAUUUUGAACUGGAGGGUUACGCUUGUUGUCUUGGCUACAUAUCCUUUGAUCGUCAGUGGUCACAUCAGUGAGAAACUUUUUAUGAAAGGCUUUGGUGGAAACCUGAGCAAAGCAUAUCUAAAAGCCAACAUGUUGGCGGGGGAGGCUGUGAGUAAUAUGCGUACUGUUGCAGCAUUUUGUUGUGAAGAAAAAGUCAUCCACCUUUAUGCUCAAGAGCUUGUUGAACCAUCCAAGCGUUCAUUCAAACGAGGCCAAAUUGCUGGCAUAUUCUAUGGCAUAUCCCAGUUCUUUAUUUUCUCUUCUUAUGGCCUUGCCUUAUGGUACGGAUCAGUUUUGAUGCAGAAGGAGCUUUCUAGCUUUAAAUCAGUUAUGAAGUCGUUCAUGGUUUUGAUUGUAACCGCACUGGCCAUGGGGGAGACUUUGGCAUUGGCACCAGACAUGCUAAAAGGAAAUCAAAUGGCUGCAUCAGUUUUUGAAGUGAUGGAUAGAAGGACAGGAAUAAAGGGAGAUGUGGGAGAAGAGUUGCAUACAGUGGAAGGAACAAUUGAGCUAAAAAAUAUCCAUUUCCGAUACCCUUCAAGGCCAGAUGUGGUUGUUUUUAAUGAUUUCAACAUGAGAGUUCCUUCAGGGAAGACUGUUGCCUUGGUGGGGCACAGUGGUUCCGGGAAAAGCUCCGUCAUCUCUCUUAUACUCAGAUUUUAUGAUCCAACAUCUGGAAGGGUGAUGAUUGAUGGAAAAGACAUAAGGAAUCUUAAUUUAAAAUCUGUUAGGAAACACAUUGGUUUUGUGCAACAAGAACCGGUUCUUUUUGCAACAUCGAUUUAUGACAAUAUUCUUUAUGGAAAGGAAGAAGCGUCCAAUUCAGAAGUAGUUGAAGCAGCUAAGCUUGCAAAUGCUCAUAACUUCAUAAGUAGUCUUCCUGAGGGAUACUCCACCAAAGUAGGGGAAAGAGGAGCUCAACUAUCUGGUGGUCAGAGACAAAGGAUAGCUAUUGCGAGGGCCAUAUUGAAGAAUCCUGCAAUCUUGUUGCUGGAUGAAGCCACCAGCGCACUAGAUGUGGAGUCAGAACGUGUAGUACAACAAGCUCUAGACAAAUUGAUGAACAACAGAACAACAAUUGUGGUGGCUCAUAGGCUAUCCACAAUAAGAAAUGCAUAUCAAAUCUCUGUUGUCGACGAUGGAAAAAUAGUUGAGCAAGGGACUCAUUCGAGUCUGAUACAGAACAAGAGUGGAGCAUAUUAUAAAUUAGUUAGCCUUCAACAACAACAUCUACAUUUACAUGAGCAACAAAAUUAGUCAUUUGUCCUAUCCAUAAUAUGAUAAUAUAUUUGAUGA